AGAAAGCAGGACAUUUGUUAGUACCUGGAUUUAGAAAUGACAACAUGGCUAUGUUAAUUAAUUAUAAGCCAACUUCAUUUGAACUUUUAAACUUACAGCAAGUUUAAGACAGCGUUUGGGAUCUAAAACUGACGUGAAAUUAUUUAUAAAGGAUUUUGGACUUCUUCUAAAAUAAAUCAUUCCAAAGUUGUCUGAGAGCGAUAGCUUUAUUUGUAAUUUAAGAUCUGGUCUUAAGCACUUAGUACCCAUCAGGCAUUCUUAUCACCUAAUGCACAGUCCUUCCUCCUGUCAUUAUCUUGCUGUGAAAUAAUACUUUUCUCUUUGGUUACAACAAAGACUGUUUUUGUAUCUUAUCCACAAGAUAACUCUUGUUUAUGAGGGAGCUGCCUUUGGUGGCCUCUUACAUAAGUGUUUGAGAAAAGUCACAUGCUUCCAAGAAGUCUGAGCCCACCUCAAUGUGGAAAUGGUUGAUACCAAGCAAAUUAAAAGAAAAGUGAGAGUGAGUGAGAAUAGAAAUGAUGCAAAAAGAUACAAUGGUGCUUAACAGAAGUGUUUGAGAGUGUAGAGGUGGGUAAUGUGUUGCACACAAACACACAGAUUAGACCUUUCACGUCACAGAACUCCUUUCCUCUAAGACCUUUCAAAAUAUUGCUGGACCGUUUAGAUUUAAACACAACAACCUUAUCACGUGCAAUUGGCAUUCCUGAGUCUUCAGGCAGGGGCGGACUGGCAAUCUGACCAUUCUGAAGAAGUACAAAAUGAUUGUCCAGUUCAGGGCCAUGGGCCUGCCUGUUUCUGCUAACAGAAAAGUCAGAUUUAUUACUUCCAGUAGCAAGCAACAGCAGACAUCAUGACCCCAUGACAUCUGCUAUCAUUAAAAGAGAGGCAAACUGUUUUCUUUCUCACUGCUCUUGAUUUCGCCCUCUUUCUUCUCUUGUAUUUCUACGCUGGGUUAUGUUGGAACUAAUGCAGACUUGAUACUUGAUCACAGUUCCAGUAUUAUAGAGGAAAAAUUAGAUCAAAUUUACAGUAAUGCUUUUCCCGCUUUAUCAAUAAUCGAUUAAAUAAGGUUUUCCUUGCACCACAACAGCUUAUAAAAAGAGGAGAAUAAAAUGAUCAUCUAAGGGAGAGGUUCACUUGAUGUUCAGAAGCAAAAACAAUAUGAAAACAACAACGUUGAGUGUUUGCAUCUUUGUUGGGAGACAAAAUGUAAGUGGACAGAGGAUGACAGAGGACAUCUGGUAAAGAUGAGUAUAAAACGUACAAGAGUAUUCAAAGUAAUAAGCAUAAUAGUAAUAACUGCUCCAGAUAUAUCACACGCCAUACUUAUCACUUGUCUGGUAAAGAUCACAUUAAAAUACAUUAUUGCGUUAAAGUGUCAUAAUUUGGUUCUCUCGAAAUAAUCUUUCAGCAUUUUUUUUUACCUCCCUUAAUAUUAUUUGUGUUUUGGGUGGUGAAAAAUAUCAACAUGGGUCCUUGUUCAAGCUUGUUUAAUUAAAUAAUUAAGAAAUAUCAAAUUUCAAGAGCCUUAAUAAGUGAGAGAUUGUCCUUCUCUACAAAAAAAAGUAAAUAAAUAAGAAAAUAGGAUACUUUGUAAACACAUAAUAAAGUCCUUUAAUUAUUGCGAUGCAGUUGAUUGAUGACAUCGCUUAUUGCUUUGUCCAACUAGCAAACAUGGUUUAAUAAAAAUAGUAAUAAGGGGUUUUGUUAUGCUGAUUUAUCAUCAGUGUGACUCAGACAAUAUGACUGAAGGUCUCUACACAUGCAGCCUGUUUCUGCCCAUACACUGGAAGACAGAUCCUUUGUUGAGCAACUUAAUUUACAGAAGAGCAGGUACCAACACACAUGAUGUAAUCACACUAAAGAGAAACUACUGACCGUGUGAUAAAAACAAAGAAAAGUUCAGCUACAGUGCUAGUAUUAGAUGACUGGCCAAUAUUGUUUAAAGAAUUGAACACUGAAAGGUAAGUACACAUGCUUACAGUACUUAUCUGAACAGACAUUUGCAAACAAAUACAGCUGGAGCAGAUUUCUCGUUCAGUGUAAUUUUUUAACAAACAGCAAGACAAAACACUCUACAACUUAAAAGUACAUUUGUGGGGUGUGCUGGAUGAAUAAAGAAAUUGUUAAGAAUCUUUCAAGUUUUUAAAGAGAGAUAAAUGAGGUUAAUUAUUUGUAUGACAAAAGAAAUUCAACUUAAUGAAAUAUUUUUUUUUCAUGAGCAAAGAACUAGUUUAAGUGAUUGACAGUAACUGGUGUUUAAUAUGUCAACCUGCGUCUCCUGCAUUUUUCACUCUAUACUGUCAUGACUACCAGACAAAAAUAUCUGCUUUUGAUUUCAUCUAAACUUGUUCAGGGACUUCUUCUCAAUGCGAAAGCAUUCAUUCAGAAAAUGAAAGAAAGCAGUAGAUCUGUAGAUCCAUCCAUGUUGCUGCAGCACUUAAUGGAAGUAUAUUUGUACUUAGCAGCUAAGAUACUGAUGAUUCUCUAGAAAAUUUUAAGUAGAAAUUUAUGACUCCCUGUUUCUAUGGGGUAUAAAUGUAACAUGACAAGGAGGCCAAUUUGUUUUAGCUAGUUUUCAAAAUGGGUAAGAUAAGAGAGGCUGCUAUUCACGCAAAGCAUGUGUGUGUUAAUCUUCAUAAGUCAGGAAAUGACCACAAUAAACAACUACUAGUACUAGUCAGAAGUGGAGCAAAUAUGUUACUGCUAUAUUGUGUUCCCGCAAAGAAAGAUGUGUUAAUUUGAAUACUGUUUAAUUUUUUUUUCCAAGGGUGGUUAAGUUGUGAGAGAGAAAUGUUCUUUCUUAGCAAAUUUAACUACGCUUAGUUGCUAAGUUCUUGUCUAGCUCAAUGCGUACUUUUUCUGCUAGAUUUUAAUGCUGCAUUUUUUACAAUUAACAUAUCGUCUUGGAUACGUUUCAACAUGUCAUUGCGGUUAAAACAAUCAUGCUAAUUUGAUAAUGUUUAGUUUUCAAUGAAAGAUUCCAGUUUUACAGUAAAACAACAAUUAUGGUAUGACGCAAUAAAAAAUGAUCUCAGUUUUAGCCUUAAUUUUAAAAUGGGAAAGAUGGAAAAUAUUCAAGUAAAGCAAAAGUGUGUUGAGCUUCAGAAAUCAAAAAAUAGUUACUUGCCUCUAAUUGGGUAAACUUCCUCACAUCUACAGUUAGAGCAAUCUUAUCCUGCCACCACUAGAAGUGAACUAAAUACAAAAGAAGAUUACAUUUUAUGGGUCUCCAAUGUUUUCUCUGUUAGAGAAGUGUUUGAGUUGCUGAGACUUUAUAACAGCUAUUACAUGCUAACAACAAGUCAAAGCACUCGAAACGAGUUUCGCAUGAAAGAAAGGUAGAAUGUGCAAACAACAGAUACACGCUGUUAACCACAGUGGUGGAAAUGUGAUGCUGUGGGUGUGUUCAUCUUCCUGUUAGUGCAUGAUAAUACGAAGUCUUUGAAAUACUAGGAAAUUUAAAAGAUAAUAUUCCAUGGCUGUACAUAAUUCAAGAUAAUUUCUCUCCAUAAUUCAGACUAAACAUCGAUGCAGAUUUACAGUCUUGACUUUGUGGUUUUAAACUGAUAAAAUUAAAAAGUACGCAUACACUGGUCUCUAAACAUCUCUUUUCAAAUGUGGUUAAAACCAGGAUUUGUUUCACUCGCAGUCUUUUGCCCAGUAAACCUCAACACUUUUGAGAUGAGCUGUCACUUUGGCUUUCUGGCACAAAAACAAUAAAACAUGCUGUAGAGACGUAAAACAAAACACUGACCACCUUAAGACCAGUUUCGGGUUCUGUUGUUGUUCUAAGCUCAGGCUUUGGGACAGAGGUUAUCAGUCCUGGCAGCACUGACUGUCACUGGGGUGGGAGGGAAACCUGAGUCACCAAAGACCCAGAAAAAGAUUCUCAGUCUGACAGUGGAUCACUGGACCAGAAGAAGGAAAAUAAUUCAAACGGGCACACACAUAGUCAGGAUGUACACUAGAUUUUUCCAGUCUGACUCUUGCCCCAACCAUGAUGAAUGUGUGAGCUGUUUUUAUUCUACUACCAACAUUUCUCACAUAAUCGCCUGAGGAAUUUGAGGGAUGGGUGCGUGUGUGUGCACACUAUGAAGCAAGAAGCUUUUGUUUUGAUCUGAAAGGGGUGCUCUUAGUUGACACAGUAAAAGCCAGGGGGUGUCCAAACAAUGAAGAAGCAAGAUGUACUGCACAAGUUUCUACCUCUGAGGCGCACUGGAAGAAGAAAAUGACAGAAGACACUUUCGUUGAACCCUUGAUGGACAGUCACAGACCCUCGUCGGGAACGUCACAGGACAUCUCUCAUGUAUUAAUGAGCGUCUUCAAGGGGGUUUACAAUAAAGACAUAAUCGCGAAAGGGAAUCUGUUGUCCAAUCUCAUCAAAACAAAUGUGGGAAAAAACAGUUAUCAUGAUAAAUAUGUUAAGGAGCUGCACCAGGCUCGUUCUGAAUAUGAGCAGUGUAUAAAAAUGGCUGAUAUGAUGGAGGAUCACAUAUGUAAGGGUAAAGCCCAGGCUGCUGCCAAAGAAAGCCGGAACUGUGAGAGGAUGAAGGCAGACCUUGUAGAUGGUUGUGAUUAUGCAAUGUUUCCAGUAAAAUCCACCUUUUGCUGGUGUGUCGAUGAUGAUCUUCUCAAAAGAAACAACCUGAUCUCCCCUGGGGACUACUUACCGGCAGAGAAACCACAAAUACGAGCACCAGCCCCAGUAAAAUCGAGUUUUGCAAAACCCACUAUCUCAUUUGCCAUACGCACAACCCGGGAGUCUCAGGAUCGCGGACCACAGAAGACUUUGUUGGAAAUGAAUGAGUUGGAUGACAGUCUUACUUGUGAAUCAAGCUCAGAACCCCAACAAAGCAAGAGAAUCCCUAAAAUGCAGACCAUACCUAAGCCAACCUGGUUUGGCCAACCAAGCGCAAAAAACCGCACAGAGGGUUGGGAGCAACUUCAGAAGUUUAAGAGAAGACAAAGCGUCCUGCUCGAUAGACGAGUCUGUCCUCCAAAUGCGCAGCAGUGCAGAAAGUCGUUCAGCUUACCCAAAGUGAAAGUGAAGAAUGACCAAGAGAAGAAAAACUCUGACAAUCAAAGCUCUAUAGAUGAGCUCCACUGUGUCUUCCAGGCAACUCCCCAAGUGAUGUUUUUCACAGAAUACAGCAUUGGAAGUGUUUAUGAGUCUACACUGGAGCUGAAAAACAUGACUUACUCAAGCCGCUACCUCAGAGUCAUCCCUCCUACCACUCCAUACUUCUCGAUAGGGCUGGGAAGAUUCCCCAGUGAUGAAGGCAUUGUUGCCCCAGGGAUGAGCUCUAAGUAUACACUGCGAUUUGCUCCAGACUCCUUGGGAGACUUCAAGGAUUUCAUGAUGGUGCAGACAGAAUCUCAGCACCUAUUUGUGGUGCCCAUUGAAGCACGGAGACCUCCUCCUGUACUUACCUUGCCCAGAGUUUUGGACUGCGGGUACUGUCUGGUUGGAGGAGUAAAAUUUCUGGAGUUCAUGUGUCAAAAUGUUGGACUCAGCGCUGGGACUUUUUACAUCAUCCCCAAGGACCAGUGGCCAGCCCCAAAUCUCAGGUCCUUGUCAACAACAUACUUUUCUGAGAAACCACCCUUUGCAGUAGGCCCCUGUGUGUUUUCACUGCAGCCAGGAGAAGCCAUUGUUGUGGAGGUUGUUUUCUUUCCAACUACUGUGGAGCAUUGCUCUCAGCCAUUUGCCAUAAUCUGUGACAACUGCCAGGUGAAAUACAUUUCCCUUGAAGGUGACAGUCAACUGGUUGGCGUUGAGCUUGUGUCUAUAUCUGGAGAAAAUGAGCCCCUCACUGCUGGAGAGAUGCACGACCUCACUGCAGAGCACUUUGUCCGUUUCAGCGAAUGCCACCCUCACAUUGAGCAACAGAAGAGACUUGUCAUCAGAAACAAUGUCCACUUGGAGCUGGCCUUCCACUGGCAAAUUAUGAAACCUAACCUGCGUUCUCUUCUUCCUGGGGAGACCCAUGAGCCAUCCCAUAUCCAGUUUCACCCGGACACAAACGACGUUUACCACAUGAGCCCUCCCUCAGGCCUCCUGGCUCCCUGUCAGGAACACGAGUUUCUCUUAACCUUCUGUCCAAAAGAGUUGAAGGAUUAUCACAGUGUCUUUCACUUGGUCCUGAGGGACAUCCCCCUGAUGCCACUAGAGCCUAACGAUAACAGCAUCCUUCAUCCGGUUCAUUCUGGCUCCAAGUUGAACAAUGUAAUCAUCAUGGAUAUAGAGGUCAAAGGGUCAACAGAGCUAUACCGAGUCUUACUGGAGCCAUACGGUGUCAUAAUCCCUGGAGAAAUAUUUAUCUCCAUCGCUACUCACAGGCAGUUUAAGAUGUGGAAUCACAGUAAAACCUUCAUCUUGUUUCAAUGGGAGAGGUUGAACAGCAGCUCCCAUGUUAUAGACGUAGAGCCAUCUGCUGGGAGAAUAGAAGAGAACGAGUGCUUUGACUUUGAGGUCAUUGUUACUGGAGGGAAACCAGAUAAGCUUAAAACCAACCUGGUUUGCAACAUACAGCAUCGUCACGAACCUGUCAAGUUGCCUAUCGAGGUUUCCUUUAAGGGUCCCACAGUGAAGCUCAGUGUUCCCUGUGUGGACUUUGGGCUUGUGAGGCUCGGGGAUGAAGUUCAAACCACACUCUCCCUAACCAAUACCACCCCUCUGGAGGCCUGCUGGAUGUUUAAGGAGAAGAUAAAUAAUAAGCAGGAUCACCAAGACACAAACGCAGUAGAACAGGAGGUCGUAGUGGAGCCAGGAACAGGUGUGCUGCCCCCCUUUGCUAGUUGCAGUGUGACGCUGCAUUUGAACUUAGAUUUCUGCCAGAAGUUUGAAACAGAAAUGGAACUGAUUGUGGAGAAUGGGACUACGAGUCCUUUUUGGAUCCAAGCAGUUGUGCAGUCUCCUCAGGUGUGCUUCUUAAACUGCAAGUUGGUCUUCUCUGAUCUUUACCUGGGAGUUCCCUCAACAGGCACUGUAACACUUUUCAACCAGACUCUGCUGCCAUCACACUUUAGCUGGAAGGAACAUCUUCAGGGUAAACAGGCUUCACUGUGCACAGCCACCUUUGAUCCCUCUUCUGGUAUACUGGGACCCAAUGCAACUAUGAACAUCAAUGUAAAUUUAACCUCCCACACAGAUUUGAAGCUCACAGAAGUGGCUGCUAUCUGUGAUGUGCAAGGGAUGAACUCGCCGCUUGUUCUUCAAAUUGUGGGCUCCCAAUCCAAGAAACUUUCUGUGUCCUACUCGCUGCCUGGCGCCUGUCACAUAGGGAAUAGUGACAGUCCUUCAGCACUGAUAAUUGACUUUGGAAAAGAUGUCAUUUUAAAGACGGAGGUGACCAAACAGUUCCUAAUGACCAAUGAAAGUGCUAUUCCUGCAGCUUUUACUAUAAAGCCAGAGUUUUUCACCUGCAACGUUUCAAUGGCAAACAGCUUGUUAGAGAAGAGACUCACAUAUUUAAAGACUCCACUUUUCACUGAACAAGUGACAAAAGUAGAAGCCAAAGCACAUGAAGACUUUGUUACCGGCCUUCUGGCUCAUGGAAAUGGGGCGGCCUUCAUGGUCCAGCCAGACUCAGGGCAGCUGGGACCAUUUGAGACCAAGACAGUGGAUGUGACCGCCUAUUGCUUAAUGUGGGGAGAAUACAGAGAUCACCUCAUAUGCAAGGUCGGAGACCUUGAACCGAUGCACAUAACUAUGCAGAUGACUGUGAAGGGCUGCCCACUCUACUUCCAAAUGAUAGGCCCCCAACCAGAUGACCAGUGUCAGGGUCCUACCAUGCACUUUGGAACUCACUUGUCAGGAGGAGACACCAUUUCUCAACCUCUUCGCAUCAAUAAUCCAACCAUGUUUGAUAUCCAGGUGGACUGGGAGAUUUACAACAUUGACGAGAAUGACCACACACUGAUUGAACUCGUGAUGUCAUGUGGAGACCACUUCCCGCUGAAGGAUGAUGAUGGUAAUGAGCUGCUGAAAGGAACAUUUAGGGUUUUUAAUGAAAACGAUCCAACACAGUGGGAGAAGAAUCAGACACCAACAUUGGUGGGGACAAGCAUGUCCCUUCAAAGUGGUACUAAUGGAAAAGAGAAAGAAUAUGAAGAGGAAGAACAUCUCUACCCUGCAAAGAAAAACUUCAUCUCUGUCCACACACGACCUUACAUAGGCAGCCUGUCAGAUUCCCCAUACUCCAUUAUACCGCAACAAAUUGUGAUUCCAGCAAAGAGCACUGGAUGCAUCCACGUGUCUUUCACCCCUUUUAAUCUUUCUGAGUCCCAAUGUGAGUCCAGAUGUGUGGGUGUGGCAUGUGGUUUCCUGAACCUGAACUCAGAGAAGGCAGUUUGCAUCCCAGGUAAAGUCAGAAGGGAUUUGGCUUUGGAUUUACAGCCUGUCAAAUUGGAUCUGCUAGGAACCAUUAAGCCGGCGGUGCUUUUGGUGCAGAUGGAGGAGGACAGCGAGACACUGGAGUUUAAUGCCUCCGCUGGUGAUUUACUGAGGGUUGAGUCAGACAAUGAGGUAGUUGUCAGUGAAUUUAGCAUUGUAGAGAGCUUUCAACUGAGAAACAUUAAAGAGACCCCUCUGCAUUUCAAACUUGAGACACAGCCGCCAUUUUCAGUUGUGAGGCCUCACUCUGGAGUUUGGACCAGCAUCUCAAGUACCAAUGGUCUCGAUCAACCAUUGGUACUUUACCCUCAAAAUAGCAUGCAGGUGAAAGUGGCCUUUCACUGUUCUCUCUCACUGCUGGACCUCUUAAACCAUACAGAGGAAGACCUCUCUCUUGCAGGGAGUCUGAUCCAUACUAAAACUGGUCGGAAGAAGCUGAGGUUGCAGCAAAACCUCCUUAUCCACCACAGCAACAACAACCUGCAAAAAGUGCCAUUGUGUGCCUAUCUGGAACUGCCUAUACUCAGUCUCUCCACUGAUUGCCUAACUUUUGGGUUUUGCGAUGUUGGAGACAGACAGACCAGGAAAAUAAGCCUCUCCUGCCGUGGAUCAAACACCUACUGGAAAUCACUAAUAAAGUCAGAUGAAGGAGACCCUCAGGUGUUUGAAGUUGCACCAGACUCUGGGGUUUUCCAAUCCAGGGAACUGGUCAGAACCUCCAGCAGCCAGUUUCUGCAGAUUAGCUUCACUCCAAGCAAACAAAAAGAGUUCACGGCUUUGCUGGUUAUCGAGUCGCCUCUAGUGAAGACGCCCCUCACUCUUCCGCUCCUGGGAGUCGGAUCCUUUGAUGAGGACUACAUAUCGACAUAUUUUUUGAGUGGCAAAACAGCUGACGAUGAAAUGGUUUUUGGUGGAUUGUAAAUAUGUGUUUGACAAAAAGUAAACAGACAAUUUCUUACUUGCUUUCUGAUAAAGACCGAAACUUCCAAGGGAGUUCAAUAAAAAAAAAUUAAAAAUA